AUGAAAAUGAAGGGUUCUAUUGGGUUUCUUCACCUUGUUGUGACCACUCUUUUUGUGGCUGCAUCCGCUGGUAACUUUUACCAAGACUUUGAGAUAACAUGGGGUGAUGGUCGUGCAAAAAUCCUUGAAAAUGGACAGAGUCUUAGCCUCUCUUUAGACAAAGCUUCUGGCUCUGGAUUUCGUUCCAAAAAUGAAUACAUGUUUGCAAAAAUUGAUAUGCAACUCAAACUUGUGCCUGGUAACUCUGCUGGCACCGUCACUACCUAUUAUCUAUCUUCUCAAGGGCCUAGUCAUGAUGAAAUAGACUUUGAAUUUCUUGGUAACUUGAGUGGUGAUCCUUAUACACUUCAUACAAAUGUAUUCACACAAGGAAAAGGAAAUAGAGAACAACAAUUCCAUUUGUGGUUUGACCCCACCAACGACUUCCACACAUAUUCUAUUCUUUGGAAUUCUCAAAGCAUCAUAUUCUCCGUGGAUGGAAUACCAAUAAGAGAAUUCAAGAAUUUAGAAUCAAAGGGAGUUGAUUUUCCAAAGAAGCAGCCUAUGAGGAUAUAUGGUAGUCUAUGGGAUGCUGAGAAUUGGGCCACAAGAGGUGGUCUUGUCAAAACUGAUUGGGCCCAAGCCCCAUUCAUUGCCACAUAUAGAAACUUCAAUGCACAAGUUUGUUUUUGGACUUCUUCAGGAUCUUCUUGUUCUUCCAACAAAUCUCCAUCAUGGUUAAGAGAAUCAUUGGACUCAAAUGGAUUAGCUAAACUUCAUUGGGCGGAAAAGAAUUAUAUGAUUUAUAACUAUUGCACCGAUACUAAACGUUUUCCACAAGGACCUCCUUCCGAAUGUCUUGCUUAA